AUGAAGAGGACGGACUCUACUGCAGCAACUGUGGGCUCAGGCUCCAGUUCCUCAUCCCGUCGCCAUGACAAGGAGAGAUCCAGCGGUCGUGGCCGUGAACCUGGCCUUGUUGACUAUGUCCAUGACAGAGACAAGAUUCCUCGCCCUUCGCUGAAGCACCGGGAGUCAAGCCGCGAAGGCAGACGUCACCAUGAGUAUCGGUACUACGAGCCCCCAUCGGGUCGUCACCGUGUCCGAAGCGAAGAGCGCCGAAGCCCGGGCAGCUUGGCAACGGCAGCAAAAACAAAGAGUCCGGACAAAUACGGAGACAGCGACCGGUCUGCUCCAAAAGAGUCCAGGGGCAGGAGAAGGCAAACAUCCGAAAGGUCAAGCGAGACACGCAGCCGAAGUGAAGACCGGCGUGAGGACCGUCGCAACAGCCGACGGCCCAGCGACGAUGGUCAGGGGAAGAAACGGUCAGCCGCGGCCAACUUUGGCAAAGCAGCCCUAACAGCUGGUGCGAUGGAAGCUGUCAAACAAAAGGGGCGCGGCAACAGAGAUAGCAGAGACACCGACGCUUGGAAGAGGGUCGCUACCGCUGCUCUAGGGGCCGCUGCUAUUGAUGCCGCUGCCAGCAAGGCCAGAGGCAAGGACCCCAGGGAUAGAGGCAAGGGCUCUCUGAUCGGAGCAUCUAUCGGAGGCUUGGUCUUGGACAGUCUUGUCAACAAAGUCCGGUGA